AUUCUUUCCCAGCAGCGCGAUCUUUCUGCUCUGAAGUUUGCAGGCUUGUGCUAGGAGCUUUAGCUGUGUUGAAAGCUUGGCCGAAGGGGGUUCUUUGCUCCCCUUCCCACGCUGAGAUUUGCACAUUUCCCGCCACCCCCUUUUCCUUCUGGGGUGCGGGUUGCAGAGAACCAAAGCUAUGCCCCGGAAGAGUAUCUUGGAGGUGAAGGUGCUGGACGUGCAGAAGAGGCGAAUUCCCAACAAACAUUAUGUUUAUAUUAUCAAAGUCAUUUGGUCCAGUGGCUCUACAGAGGUCAUUUAUCGCCGGUACAGCAAGUUCUUUGACCUGCAGAUGCAAUUGUUGGACAAAUUUCCAAUGGAAGGCGGUCAGAAGGACCCUAAACAAAGGAUCAUUCCCUUUCUGCCAGGCAAGAUCCUGUUUCGUCGCAGUCACAUCCGUGAUGUUGCUAUCAAGCGCCUUAUUCCAAUUGAUGAGUACUGUAAGGCUCUGAUCCAGCUGCCUGGAUACAUCUCUCAGUGUGAUGAGGUUCUUCGCUUCUUUGAAACAAGACCAGAGGACUUAAAUCCCCCCAAAGAGGAUCCCAUCGGAAAGAAGAGAUCUGGCGAGUCAGGAGGCCAUGAGGGUAGAGAAGUCAGGUUGACGUGGGCUUGGCUGCGAGUUGUCACUGCCCCGCCCAGGUGGGAGGGGGUGAACACCAAAUCGAGAAUCACCUCCCUUUGGCUGUCGUGUUGGGGGAGGCGUGAGAGCACGUCAGUCAAUGAAUUUGCCGAGCCAGGGAAAUGGUGA